AUGGCCCCUCCUCCCAUUUUCUGCUCCGAACUCCCCGUCAUUUUCGGUGUCGGUCAUGUCGCCCUGGUAGGCCGCGAACCACUGGUGUGCUUUGCCACAUUGCCUGCGCUACAGAUUCGACAGGCACACUGGGCCCGCAAACAAGGGGUAAUUACGGAUGACAACGAGGCGGAAUGCACUAAGAGCAAAGCCCUUCUUCUCACUUUCAAUUAA